AUGGGUAUCUUUUCUGGAAAAAAGGAGGCCGAGCUGGCCGUCGGCAAAGACCUUGCCCAGGUCCUGCCCGAAAAUCCCAAGCCAUGGUACUUGACAUGGCAUAUCGUCAAACUGAACCUAUGCCUUCUGGUUCCCUUGAUAUCUUCGGCGUCGGUCGGAUACGAUGGAUCGAUGAUGAACGGGCUGCAAACUCUACCUCAAUGGCGACAAUACUUCGGGAAUCCAGAGGGAGCAUUGCUUGGCUUGAUGAACUCCGUAUAUCCUUUGGGAAAGGUGGUUUCCAUGUUCGUGGUCUCGUAUCUGUGCGAUCGAUGGGGGCGAAAGCUCCCAAUCAUGAUUGGCCUCGUCACUUGCAUUGCCUUCGCGAUUCUGCAGGGUCUCUCGAACAAUCUUCACAGUUUCAUCAUUGCGCGCGCUUUUCUGGGCUUCUUUACAAGUUUUCUUUCCCAGCCAAGUCCCAUCAUCGUGGCUGAGCUUGCAUACCCGACACAGCGAGGAAAGAUCACCGCACUUUAUAAUACCUUCUUCUACUUCGGUGCCAUCUUUGCUGCAUGGUGUACAUUUGGAACAUUCAAGAUUGAAUCAACAUGGAGUUGGAGAAUCCCCUCCCUUUUGCAAGGAGCUAUCCCAUUCUGCCAGCUUCUAGGAGUGUUCUUCCUCCCCGAGUCCCCAAGGUGGCUUGUUUCACGCGGUCGCAAAGAAGAAGCUCGAAAGAUUCUCACCGAAUACCACGGCGGCGGCGACGUCAACUCACCAUUGGUCGACUUCGAAAUGCGAGAAAUUGAAAAGGUCAUUGUAGAAGAGGCUGAAACUCUGUCCGGGGUUUCAUGGAUCGAGCUCGUCCGCACACCUGCCAACAGGAAACGAACCCUCAUUGCCGUUAUCGUUGGAUGGUUUGCCCAGUGGAAUGGAGUCGGAGUUGUGUCAUAUUACUUGACCCUUGUGCUCAACACCAUUGGUAUCACGAGCGUCAAGGACCAGACUCUCAUCAACGGCUUAUUGCAAAUCUUCAACUGGCUCGUGGCCACGUUCCUCGGAGCACUUAUGGUGGAUCGUCUUGGUCGCCGUUCCUUGUUCCUUCUUUCUACCGCCGGCAUGUUGGUGGCCUAUGUCAUCUGGACGGGUCUUACGGCGCACUUCGUUCAGUCUCACAGCGAGGCUACGGGGCGCGCGGUCGUUGCCUUCAUCUUCAUCUACUAUCUCUUUUACGAUAUCGCCUGGAGUCCGCUGCUCCAAGCCUACUCGGUUGAAAUCUUCCCUUACACGUUGCGAGCGCGGGGACUGUCUGCGACAUAUGUUGCUUCUUUCGUCGGUCUAAUUGUGGGCAAUCAGGUUAACCCUAUCGCGAUGAAGGCAAUCGCGUGGAAGUACUACAUUGUCUUCUGCUGCAUCCUUGCGGUUUUGAUUGUCGUCAUCUAUUUCCUGUUCCCGGAGACAAAGGGGCACACUCUUGAGGAAAUCAGAGAGAUCUUUGAGGGCAAGUCCGAGAAUGAUGACAAGCUGGGUAGGGUUGAAUCCGCAGUUGAUGAGGACCAGCGUGGACAAAAGAAGGGGACCGUCAAGCAGGUUGAGAUCGCGCCAUGA